UUAAAUAUAAAGAAACAACAAUGAUUGCUGACAUGUCUGCAUUUUUGUUAUGUUGUUUUGCUGUAACGUCAAAUAUAAAAAAAAUCCAAUCAGUUGAUAACAAGAUUUAUCCUAUGCGAUUUUUGAAUAAAACAUUACCUGAAAACUAUGUACAUACCGUAAAAAAAUGUAAGACAUUCAACAAACAUAGAAUUGUUAUUACACCUGCAUACUGGAGUAUUCUGUCAUCGCCCAGUGUCGGCAGUAGUCAAGUUUACUCGUUCAAAUUAAAAAGCCAGGUGAAGUUCGAGAAGAAAGUUCAGGACAUCAAAUGCAGUUUUUGUGCAAUCACAAAAUCAAACAUAUUGCAUUUGAAGGACUUGGUUGAAAAAUUAAAAAGCAGAGAACCAUUCGUUAGUAACCAGCACGAUAUAGAACGUGUUAAAAAGGAAGCCGAAAUUAUAGUUCGUUUAUUGCUGUUGGGAAAUGUUGAAACGGGCAAAUGGCUUUGGAGUUAUUUUUUGAAAAUCAUAGCCAUCAGCAAGUACGACGACAAUGCGACUUUUAUCAACGAAAAUCCGUUCGACGACGAGCAACUGCAAACCGACGUUUCGGAUUUCAUCGAAAAUUGUAUAGCUGAAAAAUACUUACCUGUCGUUGCAAUGGAAUCCGACUUUGUGUGGAAAAACACUAGAAGAUACGUCAAGAUGUUUCGCCAUUUACGUUUGUCCGAAGGGUUUUUAGGCGUUUUACUUGGCCCCAAUUACAAUGCCACUAUAGAGUUUUUAUACUUAAAACCAUUUUGGGACGACCAAAGACAGCUGUUGUUGUUUGGGCAAAUAACAGGAGCCAAUGUCGACUGGAGUACGGCGAAACAACGACAUGAAGUAGAGGUAUCUGCUACCAGAGAAUUUGUGGAAAAUCGCACUUGGAUAUACAAACCGUACGGUCGACAUGUCCACCAACAGUUGUUGAUCAACAUAAUCGAUGCUAGAAUUUAUUGUUACCUUUCGGUUGUACUGCAUGUUUAUGAAAAAAAUUUGCCCAUACACAACGGCAUAACUGUGACACUGGUGAAAUAUUUUUUAAAAAAAGUUAUCUAUGCCGCGUUGGAAUUGACGGCGUACAAAGAUGAUUUUCUCGUGGGAAUUUUAUCAGAAAUCAAGAUGUUAACCGUAGACAACAUCGACGACAUAAAAGACAUUCUGGUAAGAGUGAAGGCAAAGGCCAACGGUAUCCUGAACGAUUUAAACGGGACCAGCACAAGCCGAAUCGAUCGGCUCGGUAUCAACGUUGAUGAACCGGCUACCAACAGUUUGAUAAGAAGAUUCAUUAAGAAAUUCGAAGACUUUUUGACCGACUUAAAAGACUUCUUGCCGGUACGAUAUAAACUGAUUUUGCAUUUUAUGGAUGUUGUUAAAAUGCCCACUGUUCGAUACGUUUGA